AUGCUCCUGCGACUCUGUCUUGUCCCAAUUGUCUUCUGUAGCGGCAGUGUUGUCGAUUUAGUUAUGCCGUUUCGAUAUUAUGUUACAGUAGGGCCAAUUAUAAAGUGUGACGCAAAUUUGUCGACUACUAUUAGUAUUCAAGACUCGGAUAGUAAGUUUUGUUCAUUUUGAACAUUGGGAAAAAUAAAAAGGUGACAUUUUAUACGAUGAAAAAUUUUCUUCAAACUUUCAAAGUAAUGUAUAAGCAUUUUAUUUAGUCAGCUAAAAAAAUUGUGUAAAAUUUUAAUCGUAUAACAUGCCACCUCACAUUUUGAAAAAAUUCAAAAUUUUAUCGGAUAAAGUUUCAUCCAUCAUUUUAAAAACUUGAAUUAAAAAAUCCAUCGUAUAAAAUGUCACCUCUUUGAGCACCACACUUUUCGGUCUCAAUCCGGUUAUACCUUUUUGUUUUCAGCACUCUUCAACGACAUUCUGGCUUUCAAGCACGUGUCCAAACCCGGCUUUGUAACGCUUCAGGCGUUUGAAAAGGAGUUUGGAAGAUUUGAGCCAUAUAUUGAACUUGUCGGUGAAUGUAAAGGUUAGUACAAGAUCAUGCAAAAAAUGCUAAAACAGAGAAAAUAGCUUAUAAAAAAGCUUUUAAUUUUGUUAGGCGAUCUAAAUCAACUAAUUUCAGGGCGGAAGCACAGAAUACGACAGGCGGUCCCUCAAGGCUACGUUUACGACAGAACUCGGGUUGAGAACCUGAUUUUUAAGCCCACAUUUGAUCUGAAUUAA